GUUGACAUUUAUAUAUAAUAUUAUACCUACUAAAUGAGUCUACCAACAUGGCGGCCUUAGGAAGACAAAAAUCUAAUAUUUUAGAUAAAGGACUUGGCAAGGGAAAACCAGAGGUAAAUAUAGCAACAUAUGCUCUGUUGUUCUCUGAAAUUGUUCAAUAUUGUCAGAACCGUGUUCAAACCGUACCAGAAUUACAAAACAGAUUAUCAGAAAUGGGUCAACAUGUUGGUUCUCAUCUAUUAGACGUGUUGUUAUUAAGAGAAAAAGGUUAUAAAAGAGAACUGAAACUAUUGAAUAUGUUGCUAUUUAUUAAAUCAAAUUUAUGGAAGACAUUAUUUGGAAGAGAGGCUGACAAGCUAGAAUUAGCGAAUGAUGAUGAGAGAACUUAUUAUCUUAUAGAAAAAGAACCAAUAGUCAACAAAUUUAUUUCUAUACCUAAAGAUAAAGGAAGUUUAAAUUGUGCAGCUUUUACUGCAGGAAUACUUGAGUCUGUGUUGAAUGGAGCUAAUUUUCCAGCUAAAGUAACUGUACAUUGGCAUAAAGGAACAACUUUUAUGAUCAAAUUUGAUGAAUCUGUCAUAGCAAGAGAUAAACUUGUAGAAGGACGAUAAAUGAUUUACAAUAAGUGAACAUGGUAUUAUGCUAAUAAUUUAUUUAAAACGGAAACAAACGAUAUCAUAAACAUAGAAUCAUAGGACCUUGCUUCUACUGUGAAAUGGAAUUUCACAAGCACAGAUUUAAUGAACUCAUGAAAAUAAAUAGUUAUAUUAUUUGAUUUUUUGAGGAAUGGUUUGACCUGAAACAAAUGUAUCAUUGAAUGCUUAUUACCAUGAUUAAAAAGGCAGAACAACAUUCACAAUAAAUGCUGAGAAGUAUUAUUUAUAUAGUAAUAUUUAAGAUUAAAACCAAAAGAUUUAGGUUAAAUGAUGAUUGAUCACUGAUAUCAGUAGAGAGAAACCAAGUGUUUCUUCUGUCUCCGGCAUAAUGAUGGCAGUGUGAAAUCAAAAGAAACUAAUGUUAAUUUGAAAUUGCUGUAACUUAUGUUAAGACUGAUCGAUUAUUAGGCCAUUAGGUUUUUGGGUAAGAAAACUUUUGCUAUUUAUGUUAAGACUGAUCGAUUAUUAGGCCAUUAGGUUUUUGGGUAAGAAAACUUUUGCUAUUUAUUGUAGCAAUAUUGUAUAGUAUUACUAUACUGAGACGCCAUGAAUUUACACCAUCUUUAAAAGGCUUGGGUCUGUACAAUGCCUACAGUUCUGUGAAAGAUGCAAUGAUAUGCUAUGGUUGACAUCAGAACACAGAGAAUGUGUCAUUGCAUUAAUUGAAGAUGGUGUACAUAGUACCAAAGCCACAGGAAGCAGUAUUACAACAAGAGUGGAGAAGAAUCCCACAAACUGCCAUGGCAUGUGUGGCUGCUAGAGAUGGACACACACUUUGUUGACUUGAUUUUUACUACCCCUGUCUUCCUUUCACUGUAGGGGUUUGGAUGGCCGAAUAUUUAGCUCAUGCACGCUGUAUCAUAAGGUCUGUCAUUGAGUCAACUGGCGUGGUUUUGAUUCCCCGGUUGUACCUGACAAGGAGUAGGGUCGCCUCUCCAUCCUUGUUGGUUUUCUCCGGGUCCUCCCACUGCUAAAGACAGCCACGCGCAAGCAAAAUUAUUAAAAUGAAAUUGAACUAUAUGUUAGUCCCAAAAUGACCUAGUUUGUGUCAAUUGGACGUUAAACCCCAUUUCUCUCUCGCUGUCUCGUUUCACUAUAACAUAUAGUUGUUAUUGUCUCCAUAGGUAAAUGUCCAGCCUGCAAUCAUGCCAAAAAUCUCAUUUCAGCUGUAUUUUGUUUCUCCAGCAUUUUCAGUCAAAUAAUUGCACGUUUAUUGCAUCUCAGUAUGUUCAUAUUGUCAUUACUUUAGAAAAUACAUGGAAAUUUUGUACUUAGAAUAUUUGUUAAUUCCACACAGAGAUUAUUAUACAAAGGAUGUAGGAUUUAUUAGGCAUCUUGUUUUGUAAAUAAUGUAGUAUAAUGAACUAUUUAUUAACACCAUUAAAUGUAAUUAUCUAUCAUUAUUACAAGUUGCCCCCAAAAUUCUCUUUUACCAAUAAAAGAUAUAUGUAACCAGGAUAA